AUGAUGCGCGAAUACAAACUUGUUGUUCUCGGUUCUGGUGGCGUUGGCAAGAGUGCUUUGGUAAUUAUAACUUUACGCUCACUCUAAAACUGUUAAGAUUCAGUGAAACGAGAAAUGAUGCUAAGUAUAUUGAUUUCCCAACGAUGUCGCGAGAGCGAGAAGGCGACAAUAUUUUCAACUACAUAAAAUGUUCUUUUUGAUUUCUCCUUGUCCCCGAACUAAUCAAUUUUUGGUAUCUUUUCUGGUUAGACUGUCCAAUUUGUUCAGGGAAUUUUCGUCGAGAAGUACGACCCGACCAUCGAAGAUUCAUAUCGAAAGGUAUUUCUAUUUGAGAAUGCUGUAAUUUGCUUUCGCCGGCACGACGUCUAUCCGGUUAACCUGCGUUAUAACACUCGACAUUCCUGCAAAUAUUCAUAAUGCUCUAUCUCUUUUCCCUUCCAGCAAGUUGAGGUUGAUGGGCAGCAAUGUAUGCUAGAGAUAUUGGACACAGCAGGAACGGUAAAGAUCCCCCUUAUUUUGCGAAGAAUCGAGGAGGAAAAGUCUUCGUUUGGUUAACUUUACAACACACGAAAAUUUUCUUAUGUUUAUUCAUAUUUGUUGUCAAAUGAACAGUUCACACUUCAAACUUGAGGGUUUGAGUAUUUUAUUUUAUCAUUUUCACCAAGUUAGAGCGAUCAGAUAACUCUGUAUGAAAGCAAUUAUUUUGUAUUUUUUCCUAAUGAUCAUGCAAGGCAUAUAUUGCUUUUUCAUUGGUUGGGAAAUGGAAAGAUUUUCAUACUGAAUCGUUACAUCUCGGCUUGGAAAAAUCUUGGUGUUUGACUGUUUUUUCUAAGUGAUAAUAAAAAAAUUCUCUUGCAGUUUAGGCAGCAUCUACAUGUAAUUAGUUUUCUUACGGCAAAGGGUAUCUAUCUGUGAAACCAAUUAUUGGAUUUGAAAAUACUUAUGUUUAUUACAUUUAUUAUUCAUGAUGUUUGACCUAAUUAGCUGAUAAUGUAAUGUUUGAUUUCUUUUUAUACCCACUUUAAAAACUUAAAAACAUAAGUGGAAAAACACAUUAAAAAUAAUUUGGAAUUAUCAGGACCUAUCUGCCUAUAUUAUGUGGAAAAAAAUUCCUCUCCUAAAAAACAUGUUUGUGGCAAGAAAACCAUGUUUGUUCCUCAGAAACUGUAGAAAAUUGAGGUGAUUUUGAAAUCUGAAUUCUGCAGGCUGUGCACCAUUUAAGGGAUCAAAUUACUGUGACACCAGGAAGCAAAUUUACUUGCAUUUUCAGAUUUUACUUUAGUUUCAUCAUUGCCAGCUACCCACCCCUGCAAAGUUUCGUUUUUUGUUUGUGUUUGUGCUCGUGUGGUAGCAAUGGACAACCAGACGCCACUGACUUAUUUUUUUGCCAGAAUUCAGGUGUAGAUUUUCGUGAUUAGCUCAUUUUGCUAAUAAUUCAAGAGAAGAUCAUCCCAGUUAAAUACAUCACUUAUUCAGUUGCGUAAAGAAAGCCUGAAAAAAAUUCUGACUCGCCAGGAUUCAAAGCCUGACCUUUGCGAUACCAGUGCAGCGCUCUAACGAAUUGAGUGAGCAGGCCAACUAGGAGCUGGUUUGUAAUAUACCUAGGAAUGAUGUAGGUGAAAUGAUGAAUAUGUGAAUUUCCUGUAUUUGAAAUGCGAGAUGAUGAAAGUUAAAAUAUGCAACUUAUGCAGGUGUGAAAAAAAAACACUGAAAAAAUCAAUAUUAUGGCUAAUGCAGGUCUGUUACCCUUUAUACAGGAACAAUUUACAGCAAUGAGGGAUUUAUACAUGAAGAAUGGUCAAGGUUUUGUACUUGUGUACUCCAUCACAGCACAAUCAACAUUCAAUGAUCUCCAGGACUUAAGAGAACAGAUUUUACGAGUCAAGGACACAAGUGAUGUAAGUGAUCUUAGGGUAAUUUAGUCAUUAGCGGCCCUCAUCAUAAGUCCUUUCUGCACCAAGCAGCACACAGGGCACUAUCAACUAGUAAUGGGUGGAAGGAAAUAGACCAUUUCCAAGUUACACAAAUUCUUUCUUUCAAAUCAAGGCUAAGUGCAAAAUCUUUCUUGUGAAACUGAGUUUUCUGUGCCUGGGAAUAAGAAAUCAGGGAGGUAGAUAGUAUCCAGGAGCCAGGGAAAAUACCCCGCUCUCAACAUAUUUUUUUCUGGCUGAUAAAAAUUGCAGUCCUCAAAAAGGCAACUGUUUUCUUCUCAUAUUACCUACCCAUCAAAUGCCAUUUCCCAUCUGUUAUAAAUUUAAGCUACAUCCCUGGAAAUAAUUUUAUGUCAAUGACUUUGUACUCAUCCUCGGAAACCCAGGGGCAGAUACUUAGGGCGAGGGAAAGUCUAAACGAGCGGAAAAAUAUGGCACGAAGAAAAGUAAAGAACGGCGAGAAGAGCCCCUGGGAACAAUGUCUUACCAGACCAGUUCCAAACAGUCGCCGCCAUUCUGACUUCUUAUUGGUGCCAGAAAACUUUUGUGUUUUUCUGCCCAAUCAGAAGGCAGAACAGUGGUGACCGUUUGGAACUGGUCUGGUAAGACAUUGUCCCCAGGGGCUCUUCUCGCCGUUCUUUACUUUUCUUCGUGCCAUAUUUUUCCGCUCGUUUAGACUUUCCCUCGCCCCCACUAUCUGCCCCUGGGUCUCCGAGGAUGCUUUGUACUUAGCUUCGCUUUGAAAUAAGGGUUGAGGCAACUUGAAAGUUGGCCUUUCGUUAUUCUUAUUGAAGGGUCUGAUUUGACUUUAUUAUGAUAUUUCUGUUUAGGUGCCGAUGGUCCUAGUUGGAAACAAAUGUGAUUUGGAAGAUGAAAGAGUUGUUGGAAAAGACCAAGGACAGAAUUUAGCAAAAACGUUUAAUAACUGGUAAGCUAGUUUUUACGUGGCAGUGCCUUGCAUGGGUCUGAGUGUCUCAUUCUUGCCUUUCUUUUUUGGGGAUCCAUUUUUCUUUGUUAACUAUUUUAUUAUGUAUAUCAGUUUGCUAUUCAUAUUGUGUGCUGAAUGUAUUUCCCAUUAUUAAGUACAUUGGUGGUCAAAACUAAGAUGGAUAUACAUGUAGAUGUUUUAGUUCAAUUCUAUCCUUGGUUUAAAUUUUAUUUUCCUUUGUGUUGGGAUAUGGUAAUAUAUGAUAAUGAGUUUGAAACAAGGAAAUAAAAUUUAAACCCUUUGAUAAAAUUGAAUCACAACUUAGACCCCUAUUGGUGUAGUCUCCCUUUAAGGGUAAGCGAGUCUAUUUCCCUCUUUGUUGGAGACCCAUAUGGCCUAUUGUUAUUGUACUUGCCUUGUGGCAAACAGUACAUCGCCACACCAUUUGCUUCCAAUGGCAAAGCAGGUCCAUUGGUAAUAUUUUAGUAUAUUAUAUUUUUCAGUGCCUUUCUGGAAACAUCAGCUAAAUCAAAGAUCAAUGUCAAUGAAAUCUUUUACGACCUGGUCAGACAAAUAAACAGAAAGACACCAGAAGCAAAGAAGAAGAAAAGUAAAAAAGGCUGCAUUCUUCUGUAAAGCUUGCACCUGAACAUUAUGUGACAAGACGCGCGCCAAAGUGAUGUUACUCAUUGGAUGCUAGAAUCGUUCAUUUGUGACAUCAGAAAUGUAAAUUAUUUGUGAGCUGCUGGCGGAGAAUAAGUGUGAAAGAUCACAGGGAAAUGUACAGGUGUAGAUGAGACAAUACUGUCAGUAAACUUGGUUAAAUCCUUAACCCCUUCUCUCCCAAAAGUUUCAUGUGCCAAAAAGAUAAUGAAAGAUUUUCCUAUAGUUAUCUUUGCAAGCUAUUGAACAAAAAUGCUCAGUAUGAUUUUAAAGAAUUUUUUUAUCGAAUUUUAUUAGUAACCUGUCAGUGCUUUUUGCAGAAAUUGAAAAGUUAGAAUUUACAUCGUGCACAGCAUAUUAAACUGUACCACGGAAAAGUACUUCUCAGUAGCUUUCAUUCAAUGGGUCCGGUCAUAAUUUGGAUUUCAUCCAUGGACUUAAUGGUUACAACCACCGUGUACAGCAUAAUAAACAGCACCAUAGGAAAGUUCUUGGCCCAGUUGUUCAAAGGCCAAUAAGAGCUAACCCGGGGUUAAAUUUUAAUCCCAGUUUCUUUUCUUUUGUUCAAAAGCAUUUUCUUUAUUUUUAUUAGAGCAUCCAAUCACCCAAUAGUGAACAAAAAGAAUUAAACUGAAUUUGCUUUUUAAGCUUUUAUAUUUGAAUUUAAAUUUCGUACUAACCCUGGGUUAUCUUAACCUAGCUUUGAACAACUCGGCUCUGAUCAGCAGCUUUCAUUUGAAUGGUCGCACUUAAGGAUUUUAUCCAAAGACACAAAAGUUAGAACCGUGGCGUAAUAAACUCUACCUCAGGAAAGUACUGCUUAUUUGGUCACAUCUUUUGAAUUCUUUUGCUAUCUCAAAAGUUAGAACUUGUCUCAUGAAAUUAAGGCUAAACUUUGGUAGAGAAGGGGAUGAACUUCUUAGAAUUUAAAAUACUUCAAAAUUUCCAAAAUUCUCCAUUUCAAAAGCAAAUAGCACGUAUUGAAGUGGGUUUGCCUAAAACCCAGAAUCCGGAAUCUGGAAAAAGUUCACGCCAGGUGACCCUGAAGUUUAGCAAUUAGGGUUAGGAAACGGAGUGAAUCAUGUUCCGUUUAGGGUCAUUAUACUAGGCAAACUGACUUUAACUUGAUUCACUCAGUUUCCUAACCCUAAUCACUAAACUUUAGAGUCGUUCAGCGUGGGUUUUUUCUGGAUUCUAGAUUCUGAGUUUUAGGUAAAACCCUAUUGAAGUUACCACUCAGUAGCUUUAAUUUUAAUGGUUAUUCUUAAAUGCUCCAUCCGCCCUUUUGAAGCACCAAAGAGAGUAUACAUGCUAGGCAUAAAGCCAAAAGUUAGAAUACAGAAGAUAUUUUUACAUUGUGUAAACAUUAGUUUUGAUGUAGUUGUCAAUUUAGGUUCAGUGCAGCCUCUCAAAGCAAUUUAACAAUUUGCAAGAUUUGAACAGUAGAACCCCAUCAACUCAAACUUCUCAGAGAAACAAAAAGGGUCGAUAUAUCUAGGGUUUGACUUAGUGGGUAGCAAUUUUGCUACCAAGUGAAACAAAUUGAUGAUAAAAUUAGUUUAAAAAAUGGGAAGUUCAAAUUUAAUGAGUUUGAGUUAUCAAGGUUCUACUUUAUAUUUUUCUGCAUUAAUUCUUGUCUUACUAAGGUUUGCUUAUGAUGAAAUUAUUGGCAUAAAACAGUAGCAGUUUCAUUGAUAUUUAUUGCUGUGAAUAGUAAUAUCUUGAUGUUUUUAAGCAGGGGUUAACUCUCAAAAGAAUUUUGAAUAUUCCACCAAAACUGCUCCAAAUUUGCACCAUAACCACUUACAAUGCCUUGCAGCGUGUGAAAAAAAAUUGCAUGAAAAAUCUGAUUGUAGACCUUCAAAACAGGUGUCACUGUUUUUCCUUGUUCAGUAUAAAAGGUUGUUUUCUGAUGAUUGCUGAAAGAAAUUGUCAUUGAUCACAGUGAUAAAUUAUUAUAUGAAAAUCAACUUCUAUGACACUUAUUGCAGGUUUUACCAGAUUUACAUCCUAAUUAAUUCCGUAGACUAUUUGCACUCUUAUUUCUGAUCUACUUUGAACUGAAAAAGGAUUUUAAGAUCUUAUUUUCCCUUGUACAUGUACGGUAAUCAUUAGCCUGAAUUUCCAACAUCACCUUGAGUGACUGAGGGAGUAAGCAACUCCAAGUGGUGUUACAAAUUGACAGGCUAUGUUAUCAUUAACUUUAUUCUUGUGAUCUUUAUUCAUAAAUUAUUAUUCUUUUAAGGAGAAAAUAGUUGUUUAUAACAACUAUGGCAAAGAUUUUUAAACUGAGGUUUUGUUCAGACUUGUUUAAAAGGCUCUUUGCUAGUGCACUGCCAAUUAAAAUUAUGAAGAAAAGUGGAACAAUCAAUCUCAUGUGUAAUUGCACCCAGAGGUUUCAUUUGAAAGAACACAAUGUCCAUUUUUUUCCAAACUGGAAAUUUUGAACCACUAUGUAGGAAGCCACUGCUCAGUAGCUUUCAUCUGAAUUUACACAAAAGGAUUUCAUCCACGGACUCACAAGGUAGAAGCACCCAAAUUUUUUCCAUGAUUAUUGACUGUGAGGCAAUGGAUAUGCUUGGCUAUGAUAUGAGUUUAUUUCAUGGAUACAGUCAUUUUUCGAGAGCGACAAGUCUGGACAUGGUUGGAAUAUAUAGUAAUGAUAUUAUACAUUGUAUACAUAUAAAGGGGGGGUCUCUAUCAAAUGUUA